ACGCGGGCCGCGCUGCUGCCGCGCUCCCUGCCCUCCUGCUCCGCUCAGCUGUGGAGCUGCGCUGCGCCCGGCGCCGCCCCGCCGCCCCGCCCGGCUCGCUAGCCACAGCGAGCUGAGCCUCUCAUCGCACACUCGCGCCCGCGACCACUCGCGCCGGGACUGCGCCAGCCGCCGCGCCGGUGAGUUCGUCCGCACCUCCCCGAGUCCUGCUAAGCACACAGCACCUCAGCGCCUCGAGGGAGUGCCCCAAACGGCCGCGCCGGCAGCACUUCCCAAACCUGGAUUUCACCGCAAGAGCAGCAGCGGCGUCGGCGCCCAACGGCCCGUCGACGACCAUCGCCGACGCCGCCGCCGCCGUGACAGGGCGUCCCGAGGCUGCCGCAGGGCGUCCCGACGCUGCCGCCCAGCCGAUGCACUCCGCUCCCGCCCCGGGUCCGCACGCCUCCCUCGCACACCUGCUGACGCCCGACACAGCGUCCGAGGUGAGCAUGCCGGGAGACGUCAACGUGGACGUGGACGUGCUGGUGCGCGGCGCGCGCGGGGGCAGCCCGGGCGCGGGCGCGCUCGUGCUGACGGCGCGGCGCCGCGACGGCAGGGACUCGGCGCUCAGGACGACGCCGUCGGACGCGCUGGCCACGGCGCACCUCGCGCUGCAGCAGUGGAGCGCUCUCGCAGGGAAGCCCUCCGUCGAGAUCCGCGACGACCUCCAGGACGACGACGACGACGACGUCGACGACGAGGACAACGAUGACGGUGACGGUGACCACGGCGGCGGCCAGUUCCAAGACGGCAGCGGGCCGGGACCUCCGGAAGACACUGCCAGCGGCGAAGGCGGAUGCAAGGGCCUCAUGAUCGUCACUGUCAUCUCCGUCCAGUACGUUAAGAUAGUCGUGCUGAUGGGAUUGGCCCUGCCCGUCUGCGGGGUCCUCACGUUUGAUACACCGCAAUCUUUUGAGGCGUUCUACUUAUACCUGUACCUGGUCAGCUUGCUCUUCAUGAUGUACUUGUACAUCGUGUCAGCCUGGCGUCACAGGAGCAAAGUGACGGUUAAGAGAAAGAGAGGUAAUCGCGGAAUGCGGUAUCGGCUGAAAUUGCUGAAACAGACUCGAGCUGUUGAGACGGUGAGGUACGGCAGUGUGUAUCUGAGACUAGCCAUGAGUGCAUUCGGGAUUGGUAGCAUGAUUUAUUGUUGUCUGGAGGUGGCACAUGGAGUGGUGAAGUACCAAAAUUACCCCUGUGACCAAACUGGACAACAAAUAAAAAUACUACUCCCAGCAUGUCGCGCAAUUCUCACACUUGGUCAAGUGCACUUCAUGCUCUUCCAUAACAAGGCUGCUGAAAUCCGGCGUCAUCCUAGCAUCUCUCGGAUCGGUUUGGCCCACAUGAUAGCAACCAACGUCUGUGAGUGGCUCAGCGUUGUUGUGGAGGAGACCCGUCACGAAAUCGCCGAGCUCGGCACGGGCGGGCACGUUCUUGCGGACCACGAUGAGCUGGGUGGGCUGAGAGGAAACUUAUCCAGUCCCGACUACAAUUCGACGAGGUCUACUCCUCAUCCUGCGUGCGAGUCCGUCAUCGAGUCCACUGAACAGGACGUGAUUGGAAACCUUCUGCUUAGCUCCGGUCCCAUCCUUUUCCCCUGCACGAUUGAGUACUCUCUCAUCUGCGCUGUGAUUCUCUUCGAAAUGUGGAAACACGCGGGGAAGUCCGAGGACGAGAGCAGCGCCAGCAGGAUGGGCAGUCGGGUGGACCUGAGCACCGGCAGCCGCAACUCCCGCGUGGUGGACCAGACCGAGAACGGCGAUGCGACGGACGACGACCUCGACUCGCCCAGCGGCGGCCCGGCGGCCAGGAGCCCACAACACGCGCCCUCCACGAUCUCCGGCACCGGGACCGGGGGGACGGGCACACUGCCGAGGCGCACGGCGCUGCACCUGUCCGUCGACCUGACGCACUCGCAGCGCGGCAUGUUCCUGGGCAUCGUGCUGGCCGUGGCCACCAUCAUGUCGCUGGUGCUGUUCUUCGCGCUGGGCGAGGCGGACGGCUACCAGCGCGCUGCGCACAUGCUCGUCUCCUACGUGGAGGGCGGCCUGCACGUGGCCGUCAUCCUGGCCGUGACCACGGCCGCGUACAGCAUGCGCCGGCUCGGCGUCGACCGUGUGCCGUUUCACCCCCUGCCCCUCGACAUGUUCCUGCUCUUCGUGGCUCAGACGGGCGCCUACCUCUACUCCAUCUUCUCCAUCGUGGGCGCCUGCAUGAUCAUGCUCAAGUCCAACGAGGACCCCACGCGGAGCACGGCGGCUCUACGCAUCCUCGUCGUGGAGGUGCUCUCCGUGCUGCACGCCGGCAUCCAGACCCACUUCAUCCUGCGCGCGUGGCACACGCGCUGCGUGGGCGAGCGCCAGUGGAGCGACAAGCCCGGCCGCGAGCACAUCACCUUCCUCAUCUACGGCAACCUGUGCGCCUGGCUCGUCGCCACCUUCUGCAAGAGUCGCGCCCAGUUCCGCCCGCUGCACCUCAACGUGUUCGGAGUCUGGCCCUGGACCGUCCUCACCCACGCCUCCAUCCCGCUCACCAUCUUCCUGCACUUCCACUCGUCCAUCUGCCUCUUCGAAGUAUGGAAGAACACAUACAAGUUCCGUCCGGACUGAACCACUCCUUCAUGAACUCCCCACCCCCACAAAUUCAUCCCUAUUGUCUUCACAGUUUAUUUUGUUUUUCUUGCCGUCAGUAUUCUGUCGAAGCGGGUGCCACUUUUCUAGUCAAGUGUUCUGAGUGUUUUACUUUUUGUUACUGUUUUCUGAUAUGUUUGGUAAUGGGACAUUUUGUAGAUUUGAUACGUGUUGGCCAAAUAAACCACAGACCUCUAUUCUUA